CUAAUCGUAAUCAGAUUAGCUAUGGGAAUAGUAAGCUUUUCAUAAGUAAUAGGAAUAUACACAUGACAUAAUGCAACAAGCUUAAAGCAUAAAGUAAUAAAAAAAGUUAUGUAGUACGUAAUAACUUGCUAAGUUGAUAUAUAAAAUAAAAUGGUCUUGUUUAAUCUCUGGUCAGUACUACAAUGGUAUUUACGGCCUUUCAUAAAAUGGUUUUUAAGAAAAACUACGAAGCUUUGCGAACUACAGCGGAUAUGUUAUGGCGAUAGGGCUGGAGCCGAAAGAACAUGCAACAUUGAAAAAUCAUUAAUGUUAAGUCGAACGCAAGAUAUUAAGGAGGUCGUGUCGUUUUUUGAUACAGUAGUAAAACAACGAAGGUUUAUAUCAUCACAGUUUCAUGAAAUUCUUGAUCCAUCUAUAAACAUCAUAUUAAGAGUUAAAAAGAUAAAUCCAAAACUACAUGAUGCUUUUGUACCUUCAUUUCGGAGAAGCUUACAACAAAUUUGGAGCUAUCGACAACUGGUAGAUGAAAUAGAAGAUCUUCGUCGCACACAGUUUGAUAGUAAUAACUUAGACCAUGAAGAUAAAUUAUUGAAAUUGUGGGAUUUAUUAGUACCUAACAAUCCUCUAGAAGCACGGGUGACAAAAGAAUGGCAAUACAUUGGUUUUCAGGGAGAUGAUCCAAAAACUGAUUUUCGUGGUAUGGGACUUCUAGGCUUAGAAAAUCUAUUAUUUUUUGCCUCUGAAUACCCUGAAGUGUCAAGUCAUGUAUUAACCCAUUCAAGACAUCCAAAAUAUGGCUACACUUUUGCUAUUGUGGGUAUAAAUUUAACUUCAAUGGCUUAUUAUCUUCUUAAAGAUGGAUCUGCAAAAACAUAUAUGUUUAAUGCUAAGCAGUAUUUGCCCUGUGUUAAUUUAUUCCAUAAGUUCUAUUGUUAUCUCUUUUACGAGUUUGACAAACUAUGGAUAGAGUCUAAACCUGAAAACAUUAUGGAAUUUUCUGUGAUUUUUAAAAAGUUUGAGAAUGCAAUUCACACUGAAUUAGCUGACCCAGCAUCUGUGUUCAGAAUAAAUAUAGAAGUUGAUACAAUUUAACAAUUAAAACUAGUCAUCGCUUUUGUUUUAUAGAUCUUAAUCUCAUAUUAUAUUAUUAAAAAUAUGCAAUUAUAGUAUAAUUUAGCAAAUAUUCACCUCUAAUAUGUUAUCUUUCACACAGAUAUUGAAAUAUAUGGUGCUCUUAUGAGUAAUGAUGCUUGUUCUAAUAUAAAUUAUUUUCAUGUAAGAUGAAAUAGUAACUGAGAUAUCUCAGUACAAUUAUGCAGGGAAAUUUAACACUACAUAACUAUUUAUUUAUUUUAACUGUGAUAAAAUAAAUGAUCACUUUUGAUUAAUACAUUUGUUGAUAACUCCAUGACAUAAUUGUGAUAAAAUUAUUCUUAGCCACAUUAGCUGCAUGAUAAGAAUAACUGCAAAUAAAAUUCACAUAAGCACAGAAAGUAGUUUAAUUGUUUAACCAUAAAAUAAAAUAGAAAAAAAGUAAUUAUAUAAUCUGUUUAUUUAC